GUAGAGGUAGAGAGAGAGAGAGAGAGAGAGAGAGAGAGAGAGAGAGAGAGAGAGAGAGAGAGAGAGAGAGAGAGAGAGAGAGAGAGAGAGAGAGAGAGAGAGAGAGAGAGAGAGAGAGGGGGGGAGAAGGGUGGGCCGUGGGAAUCGGCCAUUUCUUGCCCCACGGCUCCUUCUUCGGCGACUGCCCUCUCUGCUGCCCCAAAUUAAUUUCAUAUUGUUUCACUCAUCAUGAAUUUGGCUCACUAUUCUUUUUGGAAUAUGGAAAUGCUUUUGCCAAGUUUCAAAUUGUUUCGCUCAUCAUGAAUUUGGCUCACCAUUCUUUUUGGAAUAUGGAAAUGCUUCUGCCAAGUUUCAAAAUGUUUCGCUCAUCUGAUAUGUUUCGCUCAAGGCUGACAAUUCUUUUUGGAGUAUGGAAACUUCUGCCAAAUUUCAGAUUGUUUCGCUAUAUGGAGAAUAUAGAAACGUUUAUGUUGAUGCUUACCAUUCUUUUUGGAAUAUGGAAUAUCAAGGCUCGCCAUUUUUUUCCAAUGCAGCUGCAGCAGGCCGGAAAUGGCACCACAAUCACACAAGGGGAAGACUUCUCUCCUCAACUCCCAAAAGGAGUUGAGGAGAGUCAAAAAGUUCAAAAAUGAUGGAUAUAAGGGCUACUAUAGUGCAAAGUAUGAAGAAGGGCACGAUUUAGCAUCGCGGAAGUAGCAGCAGCAGGCGUCUCAAGAUGAUGAUACAUCUGUGCAGCAGUUCAAAAUGGAAUUGAACACCACCAAGCAACCAUAAUAUGAGGUUAGAAAAACUGCGCUGAAACCAGCACGACAACCAUACUCGGAGAGCUCCAAGAAACUGCCUUACAAAGUUAUUCUCAAGCAUAGACAGCCCCUGGCUGCCCCAUUACAAGAGCCGCCGCUCCAAAGCUCUUUAGCUUCUCAGAUCAAUUACGCCAACCUGUUCCUCCUUAUGCAUCUUCC